AUGGCAAAGUCUAUACAGGGGAUAGCGAAACUGAUGGAAGAAAGGUAUAACAUCGAAAAGCUUGGUAAAAAUCUCGACUAUGCUGAAGAAGAAAAUAAACUUCUGAAGAAGAAAAUAGAAGAAUUGGAGGACGAAUUAAUCCAGAAAGCCAAGGAAGCUGAAACUGUAUACGAACAGCUCGCACGGAAGGAGACAGAAUGUGAAAACCAUCGAGAAAAACUGGAAGAACUCCAGAACCAAGCCGUGGACAAUGAUUCUAUUGUGGAUACCUUGAAGAGAAGGCACAGGGAAGCUAUGUUGCAGCUUGAGAAAUUAGAUGAUCAAGAAGAUUUGGUUGCAGCUGCCAAAACCCUACAAAGAAUGCAACGUCAUGGCUGCCCAUACUACAUCCUAGGUAUUGCAGAGGAUGCUAAUUUGAAGGCAAUAAAGUGGGCCUAUAGGAAGCGGGCACUGAAGUUCAACCCUGAUAACUGCCAAGGAUCUGAAAAAGAGCGACAUCGCAGAAUGGAUAUCAUGCAGAAGGUCAACUAUGCUAAUGAUCUCCUAUGCGAUGCUGAUGAAAGAGGAGAAUACGACGCAGUCAGGGAGUUCAUCAAGGACCUGGCAGCUGAAAUGUUUCAGGAUCCUCAGAAGGCAAUGAAAGUAAAGAAGAAGAAACCUGGAAGGACAACGAAGAGGCCGAAAACUAAAGGAAACUAG